AUGUCUAUAACACAUAAAAAGCUAUUUUAUAUAAAUUCACACAAUAGAAUUAGUGGUACUAAUUCAAGAUUUAAAUAUAGUAUUACCUAUUAUCCACAGGACAAGUUUGAUAGAGUUGCGUUAUUACAAGCAACAAUACCAAAAUCAUUUUAUACAGUUAGAAAAAAUUUAAAUUCUUUUACCUUGAUUGAAGAUGAUCAAUCAACUGUUAUUACUAUUCCCAUUGGUAAUUAUUCAAGAAAAUCAUUACAAGAUACAUUGGAAAAGAAAUUGAAUGAAUUGUCACCAAACCAAGUUAAAUAUGCAAUCAAUUGGCCAACAUCACAACAACCAAAUACUGGUAAAUAUAUUUUUACUUGUGCAUCGACAAGAGAUAUUCAACCAGUCUUUUCUUUUACUAAUCAAUUAUUUCGUCAUUUAGGAUUUGAUAAAGAUACAAAGAAUCAAUUUGUUAAUAAUGUAUUGGUAUCAACAAAUGUUAUCAACUUACAAUCAGAUAAUGUAUUAUCUAUUCAUUCCGAUUUAUGUAGUAAUGGAGAUGAUGAUAUAUUACAAGAGAUUUAUUCAGCUGCUGGUAGUCCAGACUUUUCAAACAUACAUUGGCAAAAUUAUGAUUUGGAAGCUUACAGUAAACAGUUGGUAUCAAACACAAAGACAAGUUUUACAAUUUAUUUAACAGAUCAAGAUGGUAAUGAAGUAAAUUUAAAUGGUGUCAAUAUGAAUUUGACUUUAAUAUUAUUCAAACAUAAUGAUGUUUCUCAAUUGUCAAAGAAAAAGAAAGUUUAG